AUGUCAUUUUUUAAAAGAUUUUGCUACUGUUGCUACAGAACAGAAGAAAUCGAGAUAAAUGAAGAAUCUAGAAUCCUCCCAAAAAACAAAGCGUAAUGAAGUAUACAGUGACAACUCUGGAAUACAAAAAUUUGAAUCGCCUUAUACAAUUUUCACUUAAUCUCGUCCAUGGGCAAAAAACCAUUUAAAAAAUUCUAUUUUUUAUAAAAAAAUCACCCUCCUUAGCGAGUAAAAAUUUUUAGGAAAAAAAAAUAUUUUGAUCUAUAAGUGAUAAUUAGUAUAAUCAAAUCUCUAGCUAAUUCUGUUGAAUUCUAAAUAGCUUGCAUUGUAAACAUAAAUUUAAAUUUUAAAUUAAUUUUGCUUUCCAUUAUUUUGAGAAUUUUUUUAAAUUUCGAAAAAAUUUAUUAUUUAAAAUAAUAAUUAACCCCUCUCCAUGAUCGAACAAAAAUUUUUUUGUUCGCUCCGGAGGGGGAGUUAUGGCAUUACUCCGCCUAAUUUGCAUCUGUUUAAGCUGCCUUUGGAUUGGUGUAGAGUUGGGAUCUUAAAAAUUUCAUGUGGGGCAGAGCAUUUGCUGAUGCUGAGCCAAGAAUAUCAGCUCUUCUCAGCAGGAAAUAACAUAUAUGGACAGUGUGCAAGAGAUCCUGAAAAAACUACGACUUAUAAAGAAGAUAACAGAUCAUCCCAAGAGACAGAAUCAUCAAAAUAUAUCAGACUGAAGCCCUUAGUUUUAAGAAAUUCAAAAGUGAUAGAUAUAGCAACUGGCUCUUACCAUUCAUUAGUCCUUGUUAAAGAUUUAGAAGACAGAGUACCAGGAACCAUCUAUACAGUCAUGGCUUUUGGUCAUGAAACAGGCUGUGGGUUUUCUGAUAAAAAGCAUAACCAUGUCCCAACAGAAAUUUUUUCCCGCACCAAAUUUAAAGAAAAUCCUAAAAAUGUUUAUGCGGGUCAAAUGCGUUCAGCCAUUCUUUUAGGUAUCUAAUAAUCAGAAAGUGGGAAAGUACUAAUGGUUGGCGAAUGAUUUAAUGGCUCAAAACAGCGGGAGCUUAAAGAAAUUCCACUGCAUUUAGAAGAAAAUGAUCAAUUAAAAAAAAUUGCAAUUGGGAAAAUGCAUGCGAUUUUUCUGACAAAAAAUGGAAAAACUUAUUCAAUAGGUGAUAACACAUAUGGAGAAAUAGGUUUUUCAAGGGAUACCUAUAAUAAGCAAUUACCUGCAUUAAUACCAUUUUUUCGUGACAUUAAUGCUAUAGAUAUCGCGGCUGGAGCUAGACAUUCUCUUGUACUUGAAGAAACUGGAAAACUUUUUGCGUUUGGUGACAACAGUGAAGAACAGUGUGGACUUGAUACAAAUCGGGCCUAUGAGCCUAUGGAAGUUGAAACUAAAGGAAUUUUAGGCAAAAAAAGUGUGGUGACGAGGUUUAUUUUUUGUGGGGAUGCUCAUUCAGCAGUCGUUACAAGCGAAGGGGAUUUAUUUGCGUGAGGCGAUAACACUGCAGGAAGACUAGGGAUUAAAGGAGGUUUAUCGAUUUAUAGGCCUAGACUAGUUGACGAUUUAAUAGGAAGAAAUAUAUGUGACGUAGCUCUGGGCGGAUUUUUUAGUAUAUUUUUGGUGGGGCCAAAAACUGGGUCAAUUUUGUCAAAAGAAGAAAAUAUUUUGAAAACGAGGAUUUUUGGGACUUUGAUAUCACAUAAUAAUUUAUAAUUAUAAUUUAAGAAUUUGAAAUAUUUUGGAUUGAUGAAAUAGAAUAUUCUAUAGAAAAUUGUAGUAAUAUCUGAUAAUAAAAAUAAAUGAAAUAUAUGGAAGAGAAUAAAUCAAGUAUAA